AGAUUAACUUCCCCGGUUUAGCAGCUAUGGUGGUUGUGACCUCCGCUUCCUCUCCGGCGUCGCUCCACGCCCAACUCUUCACUUCUCGCCACCGAAUUUUGCCUUCUCUUCUAUACCUUCGUCAAUUAUACAGCAGACCCACGAGAAGAAAGGCCACGAAUUCCAAUGGGUUUGUGUCUGUUAGAGCAUACACUGAGAAUCCCAACUCCAUUUCCAAUUUAGCCAGCAAAGUCAUCGGAUCCCUCCCCGUAAUUGGCCUCCUAGCGAGGAUUCUCAGUGAUGAAGGCGGCGUUGGUGGGGAUAUCAUCGAUUUUGCUGAGUUUAGAAGAAGGGUGGGCAAGAAAUGUACCACCACUGAUUCUAGAGCUUUCUAUGAAUUCCAAGAUCGGAGAGGCAAGGCUGGGGAGCCUUUGUAUGUGCUGCUAUGCUGUUGGCUUGCUGCUGUGGGUGCUGGUCUUCUGAAAUCUGAGGAGAUAUUGGAGGGAGUAGCCAGGCUUCGGAUUUCUAAUGAUAUUGAAUUUGAAGAGCAGAAUUUUAUUGCAUUAAUGAGCGAGGCAAGAGAGAGGCGAGCUAAGUUAAGGGUUGCUACCCCAACCAUCCCCAUGGAGAUACGAGUUGAAAAGGCUCUUGAAGCAGUCUACGUCUGUUGUUUUGCGAAGGAUCCUAUAGAAGAGGAAGAUGAGAGACUGCUAAAUACCAUGCUCAGUGCGGUUUUCCCAUCAGUUAAGCAAUCAGAGAUACAGAAGAUUAUUAAGGAGAAGGCAACAAAAGUAGCUGAAGGAAGCGAUGAGGAUAGUGUUCCAGAACCAAAGCCCUUAUCAAAAGAAGCUGUACAAAUGCAAAUGAAAGACCUUCAAUUCCUAAAACAAAACAGGGAGGCUUAAAGAGCUAGAGAAAACUAGUUUUCUUUUUGUUUUGAUACUGCAUCUUGUAUCAGAAAUGCAAAUCGGAAAACGGCUCUGAAAUUUCCAUUCUUGGUGCAGAGACAUGAGAAUUUGCCCUCGGCUGGAAAGGCAGACUUUUUAAGUAACUAAUUUCUAUGGAAGAAGAAAGUUAUUUUCAUGUUCUCUCCCCUUCAACUCUCCAUUAUAUGGCUGUUGUUAUAUAAAAAUUAUAUGAAAUA